UAUCCAAAACCUCAGCUCAUUUCUUAGCUAGGCCACGCAACAUCAACCUUUUUUCUCUUUAGGUGAGAGACAAAUCUGGAAGUAGUAAGCUUCCUACCUAUGGCAAACUCAGAGGCCGGAACGAGUAGUGAUGCUGCACGAGCAUCAAGAGAUGAGUACCAAGUGUUUUUGAGUUUUAGAAGAUCCGAUACUCGUCAUGGAUUCACAGACUUCCUUUACCACAACUUGGUAGAUGCCGGAGUCUGUGUAUUCAAGGACGAUGAUGAACUUCGCAUUGGCAAGGUGAUUAGUGAGAAUCUUCUACAUGCUAUCAACAACUCCAUACUCUAUAUACCCAUAUUCUCUCGGACUUAUGUUUUCAGUAAAUUGUGCCUCCAAGAGCUUUCACUCAUAGUAGAAAAUGUCUCUAAGUCGGAGGACCAAAAAAUUAUCAUUCCCAUUUUUCUUGAUGUGGAACCUGAGGAUGUCAAACUUAAGACUCCACUUUAUAGCAUUGCCUUCGAGAAACACAAGGAGGACUUUCCUGAGGAAGUCGAAGCGUGGAGAAAGGCUCUCUCAGAAGUCGAUGAAAUCAAGGGAUGGAACGUGAAAAAGGACCAAAGCCCAGGAGCGAUUGUCAAAUUAGUUGUUGAAAAGGUUUUGGAGAAGCUGGAGAUAAAACGAAAAUCAGUGACUGACCAUUUACUUGGACUUGAUAAUCGGGUAAAACACUUGAUGGAGUUAUUAGAUGUUGACCAUCGGGAUGUGCGGCUCAUUGGAAUUUAUGGAAAGGGUGGUAUCGGUAAAACAUCUGUUGCCAAGGUUAUUUUCAAUCAACUAUCUUCCCACUUUGGAAAGUGUUGUAGCUUUAUUGAGAACGUUCGAGAAAGCUCGUUGACCAUGGAGGGCUUAGUCCAGUUGCAAAGGAAAUUUCUAUCUGACAUUGCUGGUUUUGGAUCUGCCGAACGACUAAUGGAUAGUGAACAAACAAUGAGUAGGAUUGAAGACACACUCAGCACUAAGAAGGUCCUUGUAGUUAUGGAUGAUGUUGAUAAAAAAGAACACAUUAAGAAACUAAUAGGAGGUUAUUCAUUACAUUCAGGAUCUAGGAUAAUCAUUACAGCGAGAAACAAGAUUGCUAUGAAUGUUAAGGGACUUAAAGAAGAAAUUCUGUGGUAUGAGAUGCCAAAGAUGGAUGAUGGUCCUGCACUUCGGCUUUUUUGUCGGCAUGCCUUUGGUAGAGAAUUUCCGUCAGAUGAUUAUCAUGGGCUUUCAAGUAAAAUUGUCUCAAGUACAAGAGGGCUUCCUUUGUCGAUAGAAGUAAUAGGUUCGUUACUUAAUGGGAAAGACGAAGCAUUUUGGAAAAAAACACUGGUCAGGUUAAGGGAAGUACCUAAAGAAGACAUUCUAGAGAUGUUGAGGAUUAGCUAUGAUAGCCUAGACAAAUAUCAGCAACAAAUUUUUCUCGAUAUAGCAUGCUUCUUUUUCAAUGAAAAUAAGACCGAUGCAAUUUACAUGUGGGCCGAGUGUCAAUUUUAUCCCAUGAGAGGACUUAAAGUCCUUACUGAUAGGUGCUUGAUAAAGACAUUGGAUAGUGAUAGGAUCUGGAUGCAUGAUCAAUUAAUAGACUUGGGAAGGCGUAUUGUUCGUCAAGAAAGUCCAUUCAAUCCAGGAAAGUGCAGUAGGUUGUGGAAUGCAAAAGAGGCCCUUGAAAUCAUAAGAACCAAAAAGAGGAAGGACAAGGUUCAAGCACUUAAGAUAAUUAGAUUUGGUGACUCCAUAGAGAUUACAGAUGAAGACUUUGAAAGGUUACAAAACCUAAGAUUCCUCGAGCUAAACUGGGGAACUUAUGCUGGGGACUUUGCAAGAUGUCAUUCAAAUUUGAGAUGGUUUUCUUGGCAUUCUCCUCGGGACUUUAGGGCAGACAAUAUGUACUUGGACCGUCUUGUUGUUUGUAAACUUGACACUAUUGACUUCAAGGACGACUCGAAAGCAUGGGACUUAAUCAAGAGGGCACAAACUUUGAAAGUUCUAUCUAUUACUCGGUGUUCUGGCCUAACGACAAUCCCAGACUUCUCCAAUUGCUCACGUUUAGAAAGGUUGACUCUUGCGGACUGCUUCAGUCUAGAGAGAAUUGAGAGCUUCAUUGGGGAUAUAGGGUCGUUGAUUGAGUUAAAGAUCGAAGAGUGUAGGGGUCUCAUAGAUUUGCCUGAAGAACUUGGGGCACUGGUGAAGCUUAGGCACUUCUCGUUGUUGGGAUGUAGAGGGUUGAGAGAACUUCCAGGCUCACUUGGAAAUUUAACCUCAUUGACAAAGUUGGACUUAUCAGGUACGAGCAUUGCCAAACUUCCAAACUCCAUUGGAAAGUUGGAAUUAUCAGGUACAAGCAUUGCCAAACCUCCUGGAAUGCCUUUGUUGAGUUAUGGACAGGAGAUUCCUCUGGAUACAUCAAACUUUGAAUCCAAGUCAGACAAGACUGGCGGCGGGGAAAAGGCAACAUUAUGGGGGAGGAGCAAAGAAUCUUGCAACCAGGAAAUGGAAAAGGUGAAAUUCGGAUUCCUUCCAACCGAGGAAGAACUUGUUAAUAACUACUUGAUGAGCAAGGUACUUGGACACACCGAUGGUGGCGUCAUCCCCGAGCUCGAGGAUUUCUAUGCACAAGAUCCUUGGGAUUUACCUAGAUUGUAUCAAAAAAUAUCGAAUAUUCCAUCGGAUGGGUGGGAUUGGUACUUCUUUUGCCCUUCUCCUUACCUAGCUCAAAAUAGCGACAGGGUCAAAAGGCAAACAAGAAGCGGUAAAUGGAAAAUCACAUGCCUAAAGGACAAGAUAAAAACUCGAGACACAAAGGCUUUAAUAGGCACCAAAAGGAUAUUGGUCUUUUACAAGGGUCGCACCAAAACUGGAUGGGUGAUGCAUGAGUAUCACAUGAAUCCCAAUCUUCUUAAUGGAUACUCCUCAGCUCUUCAGAUACCAUAUAUCCUUUGUCGCUUGAAGAGGAAACCAAGUGAAAGCUUGGAGAUUUCCCCAAGUUUUGAAGUAGGUUCAAGUGUAACUCAUGACACUCCAGUUGCUUCUCAACAUGGGUUGACAGAGGAGACAGACCAGGAGACUGAAGGCGGGGAAAGUUCCACAGCGACGAGCGAAGAAUAUUGCACUGAGGAACAGGAAAAGGCUUAUCCUUUUGUCGUACAAGGGCAGGCUCAUCCUUUUGCCGGAAAUCCCUUUGCCCUUGACCGGGCUGACCAGGCAGAAGGGCCUAUUUAUGUGAAUGCUAAGCAAUAUCAGGGGAUUUUGAGACGAAGACAAGCACGUGCUAAAGCUGAGGCUCAAAACAAGCUGAUCAAAGCUAGAAAGCCGUAUCUUCAUGUGUCGCGGCACCUGCAUGCCAUGAGAAGACCCAGGGGGAGUGGAGGGCGGUUUCUUAAUAUAAGUAAAACCAAUGCUUCGAAUGAUGCAGCUGAAGAGAAGGGCACGAACUCUGGUCCGGCUCUGUCUUCCCAAUCUGCCAGUUCAUUGGGCUCUGAACCUUUGGCACCCGACUCCUCUGAAACCUGGGAAUCAUCUAGUAGUCACAUGGCAGGAAGGUCGCAAGCAAGGGUGUCAACCGUUCCGUUCGGUACCGGUUUUCGGGGACUCCAAAUUGAACCGAACCAUUCGGGUGAGCAGCUGAACCGAACCGAACUGAAUCGCGACCUGAACAAAAUACGACCCUAGUUCGGUUCGGUUUUUCGGUUUUCUCUUUUUCUUUUUUAUGAGAAAAACACCUUUUCUAUUCUAAUUUACUUUUCUUGUGUUUGUUUUGUUUUUAUUUGGGUGGGGGCAGGGGACUAGACUAGUCUGGUCUAAAAAAAGUAGAAUAAAAGAACAGCUGAACUAAUUUACAUAAUUAUGACCAAAAUAAACGGGGAAAAAACAAAGGGUGGCUCCUCAAUGGGUGUGUAAUCUGUAUUGUAAGAGCAACUUAGCAGAGUUAAAAAUAAGAGGGAAGACACUUUAUCAUUUACAUAAUUCAAUUCGCUUGCAGUUGCUCUUGUUGGUGGGGCGUCAAUUCGUUUGAGUUUCAUUUUUAACAUGAUGUAGUCUCGAGUUGCAUCUC